AUGGCAUCUCUGCCGCAGCCAAUGCCAUACAGCUACUACCCUUCCACCGGCUCCGUCCACCACGCCGGCAAGGCAGCGCCCGACGAGGGCAGAGGCUCCUUCGGGCCGAUGUUCGUGGUGCUCGCGGUCAUCACUUUCCUCGCGACCGCCUCAUGCAUCGCCGGCCGGCUGUGCGGCCGCAGGUCAUCCUCGUCGUCCAGGGGCAAGUCUUCCUCUGCAGACGCGGAGAAGGGGUUGGGACAGAAGCAUCCGCAUCCUGUGGUGGCCAUGAGGCCCCUGCCGAGCUCCCGCGCCACGGUCCACGACAUGAUCGACGAUGACGUUUUCGAGAUCAAGUUCGCGCAGGUGAAGCCGCCGGAAAUGGGACGAGAUCAGAGAGACGGCACCGGCAGCGGCAGCGGCAGGGUGCAGGCGCUGCUGCCUCCGCCGCAGCUCGGCCUGCCGCGGCAGUACGCGCCGCCACCAGGUUUCAGGUGUGGUCCUGCAAACGUUGCUGGUGUCCCGAGACAGGCGCCGCAUGCCCAGUACAACUCGGUCAUGGAUAUGGCUGAACGAGAAUAA